AUGGCAGCGGGCCUUGUCGCUACUCAGGGAGAUGCGCGGGGCGAAGUUGGAUCCCGAUAUUACCAGCUUUCACGCUGGGAUCAGCGCGUGUCGGGGACGCGGGCAAUGGCAACGUGCCUUGUCAGUGGUCCGCGAGAUGCGGGAGGCGGAGUUGGAUCCCGACGUCGUCAGCUACCGCGCUGGGAUCUUCGCAUGCCAGGAGGGUGGACAGUGGCAAUGUGCCUUGUCGGCUCUCAGCGAGAUGCGGGAGGCGAACUUGGAUGUCGACGUCCUCAGCUACCGCGCUGGGAUCAGCGCGUGCCAGAAAGGCGAACAGUGGCUACGUGCCUUGGUGCUGCUGGGCGAGCUGUGGGAGGCGAAGUUGGAGCCCGAAGUCUCGGCUACAGCGUUGGGGCCAGCGCGUAUGAGGAGGGCGACCGCUGGCAGCAGGCUCUGGCGCCACUCGGCGAGAUGCGGGAGGCGAAGCUGGAGCUCGACGUCGUCAGCUACGGUGCCCGCAUCAGUGCGUUCGGUGCACGUGGGCAGUGGCAGCGGGCGUUGGCACUCAUCGCCGACAUGCGAGAGGUUCAGGUGACACCGAAUGCGGUCUGCUGCAAUGCUGGGAUCAGCGCGUGCGGGAACAGCGAGCAGUGGCAGCACGCCAUGGCGCUGCUCAGCGAGAUGCGGGAGGCGAAGUUGGGGCCACAGGUCAUAUCUCAGCUACAGCGCUGGGAUCAGCGCGUGUGA